AUGGGUGGCUGCGGCGGGCGCCGCCCCCGUGUGGGGCGGUGUGGUGCGCUCCAGGGCGGCUCCGGGCGGGCUGGAGGGCGGAGUAGCCGACGUGCAGGGCAGAGGCGCAGUCUGCACCAUGGCGUAUCCCGGGCACCCUGGCGCCGGCGGCGGGUACUACCCAGGCGGGCAGUAUGGAGGAGCUCCCGGAGGGCCUGCAUUUCCCGGACAAACUCAGGAUCCGCUCUAUGGUUACUUCGCUGCUGUGGCUGGACAGGAUGGACAAAUUGAUGCUGAUGAGUUGCAGAGGUGUCUAACACAGUCUGGCAUUGCUGGAGGAUAUAAACCUUUUAAUCUAGAGACUUGUCGCCUUAUGGUUUCAAUGUUGGACAGAGAUAUGUCUGGCACCAUGGGAUUCAAUGAAUUUAAAGAGCUCUGGGCGGUGCUGAAUGGCUGGAGACAACACUUCAUCAGUUUUGACAGCGAUAGAAGUGGAACAGUGGAUCCCCAGGAGCUGCAGAAAGCCCUGAUGACAAUGGGAUUCAGAUUGAACCCCCAAACUGUGAAUUCAAUUGCAAAGCGAUACAGCACCAGUGGGAAGAUCACCUUUGAUGACUACAUUGCCUGCUGUGUCAAACUGAGGGCUCUUACAGAUAGCUUUCGAAGACGGGACUCUGGUCAACAAGGAAUGGUGAAUUUCUCAUAUGAUGAUUUCAUUCAGUGUGUCAUGACCGUCUAAGUCAAGAGGAAGUUGUCUGAAUAUACUCAACAUUCCAACUGGAGCCCAUGCUUGCUUCCUCCUGCCUUCAGUGCUGUGUGCAGAUUUCCACCAACACUCCCUGACAGCUGUUGAAUGGGAUUUUGACUUUACAUACAAGUGAAGCUUCAUUUUUAAUUUUGAUGAUAAAUUCUUGAAGUUCAGUAAUAUAAGAACAAGUCUGUUGUACCAGCCAUACCUUCCUUGAGCCAUUAUUAACCAUGCCUUAUUUUCCUGCUGUCUUUUAUAUAAAUUUAAGUAUGCAAAAUGUUUAAA